AUGGCUGAAGACAGAGCAUACACCGACUGCAUUAACGGAAAUCUUCAUGAGGCUGUUUCAGCUUGGUUUCUCGGCCCUCAGGGCGAAAACGCAGACAUCCUGAAAGAACAACUAGGCAAGGUCCUCCAACUCCAGAAGGAUUCCCGGUUGGCGUACUACCCUACCGAUGGCGCGUUCAUCACAGAGGACAUUCGCUCGUCCAAAACAUUCCAGGCCGAAACGAAGGACCUCAUCGACCAAUUCACCCUUCUAACGGAGCUCCUCUUCGAGUAUUCGGUUCCCUUCUUCUCGCAACGUUAUGCUGGGCAUAUGUCCUUUGAAAUGGGCAUGCCGGGCAUCCUUGGAUGGAUCGCGACUCUGUUUAACAACCCAAACAACGUCGCAUUUGAGGCCAGCCCCAUCACAACUCUGUUGGAGCUCGAGGUUGGCAAGGAUAUGUGUGAAAUGCUAGGCUAUACCGAUCUGGACAAAGACGGCAAGCCACUUUACUGGGGACAUAUCGCUUGCGAUGGGACCGUCGCUAACUUAGAAUCUAUCUGGGUCGGUGAGGAUAAUGUUGGCUCAAGUAUUGUCCCCAACUCAUCAUCUGUUGCAGCUCGUAAUCUGAAGUACUACCCUUUGUCGCUCCGCGACGCAAUGAAGCCAGGGAAAGAACUUGACUACAUCUCCGCUACAUUCGAAGUUCCGUUGCCCGCCUCGGCCAAGCCGAAGCUCCUCGCUGAUCUCAGCUUAUGGGAGCUGCUCAAUCUCCCGCCUAAGACCAUUCUAGACAUUCCUCUGCGUCUCGAGACAGAAUACGGCAUCACUCCCGCCUAUCUUGACGGCGUCCUGUACAAUUAUAUCGUUCAAACUCGCGGAAAGCAGGCAGUCGAGGUCGAAUGGGGUAUGAAGACCUCGCCGCGCUAUUACAUUUCUGGCACCAAGCACUAUUCUUGGCCAAAGGGAGCAGCCGUUGCUGGUCUUGGAUCGAAAAACAUGAUUGACGUCCCAAUCGACGUCGAUGCGCAUAUCGAUACGAAGAAACUCCGUAAACAUCUCGACGAUUGCCUGCGGGAUGAAAUUCCCGUUUUUGCUGUUGUUGCUAUCAUCGGCUCAACUGAAGAGGGUGCUGUUGACCCGCUUGAUGAAAUACUCGACAUGCGCGACGAGUUUGAGGCUAAGGGACUCUGCUUCCUGGUCCAUGCCGAUGCCGCGUGGGGCGGGUACUUCGCAUCGAUGAUCCGGAAGAAGCCGGUGUACACAAUCCCGACCGGGCCGGAGAAAGGCGAGCCGAAACGUGAUUUUGUGCCUACGACGACACUGCGUAAAUCAACGGUGGACCAGUUCCGUGCUCUGGCCCGUACUGACACGAUCACCAUUGACCCGCACAAGGCGGGCUAUAUUCCAUACCCGGCCGGUGGACUGUGCUACCGCGAUGGGAGAAUGCGGUAUCUGGUAACCUGGAGUGCGCCGUAUCUGCAGCAGUCAGAUACUGGAGAGAGCAUCGGUGUCUAUGGUAUCGAGGGAAGCAAACCCGGGGCUCCUGCUGUUGCAACAUAUCUACAUCACCAAGUGGUUGGGCUGCACGAGGAGGGGCAUGGUGCCUUGCUCGGCGAAGUUUCGUGGUCCUGCCGCAGGAUCUCUGCCCACUGGGCGGCUAUGUCUGUCGAAAGCGACCCGUUCAUCGUCGUCCCGCUCAACCCGCUUCGUUCAGAACCUGAUAAAGCUGCGAUGGCCAGCGAGAAAGAAUUCAUCCGGACGCAUAUCCUUGGGAAGACAAACGAAGCGCUCGUCAAAGAUGACAAGGCGAUGGAGGAGCUCACUGCUCUCGGUUCGGACCUCAAUAUCAACGCCUUUGCUUGCAACUUCCGCAUCAACGGUGUUGUCAAUACCGAUGUCGAGGAGGCCAACUACUUGAACAACGCCAUCUUCAAGCGUCUGUCUAUCACCAGUCCGGGCAUAAAGCCGCAGACGAUUCCGAUGUUCCUUUCGGCGACCACGUUCAAGAUUGCUGAUUACGGUGUCUGCGUUGAAAGGUUCAAGGACCGACUGGGUCUGGAAACGGAGUCGCACCAGGAUCUGUUCUGUCUGCGCAACGUCGUCAUGUCGCCUUUCCAGACUGCAGGCAACUUCGUUCAGAAAUUGGCAGACGUGUUCCAAGGUGUUUUGGAGGAGGAAAUGCAGCAUGUUAUUGCUCGCAACACUAUUUCACCCCGCUCACAUUCUUUUCUCAUCCAAGGAUAUGAUACUCGGGUUGCUUCCGGCCAAGCUUUCCUCGUGUAUGAACCAUACUUCCACAAUGCCAACGGCCGCUUCCAGGUUGUCCUCAAUGUCGACAUCACCAACGAUUUCGGCUUCGAAGAUACCGAUCAUGGGCCGCAUCACCAUACCCGAACCCCAGGCGAUGUUCUGUCGCUCACCGUGGACCAGGCCAACCUGAGCGAUAUCUGCGUCCAAGGCGCCUCCUUUGCUGCGACUAUCCGCUUGCGCAAGCACUCCAUCGGAAAAAUCAUCAAACGCGUCAAUGUGUCCGUUAUUGACGUAGUCAAGAACUGCCCGCUCGACUCCCGCUGGCGCGACAAGAAAUACCCGACCUCGUUUGUCCCGUUCUACCUAUAUGGCGUGCAAGGCCGCACCUUCAUCGAUCACGUGCUCGUGCAAGCCCCCAACGCGCAAAUGUCGGCUGAAGUCAAGCUUGAUAUCGAUGUUCCCAUCGAGCUCGAGCAGACGCAUAAUCUUUUGCUCAGUGUUGCGCGUCCUGAGAUAGCCAUGCAGCCGGCUGACGCGGCAAGUACGAAAUGGUUUGCUGAAGGCGCCACGCUUAAGGUAGCGGUCUACAACGACUCCAAACCGGCCAAUGCCCGUGGCCCGGGGCUGGUGUCAGAUAUCGAGCAUGGCAUUCCCAUCGCCACAGGCACCAUGACUGUUCUUGGCAGCGUCUUUGUCGACUUUGCGCGGAUUAACACCCAGGACUUUACGAAACUUGCAGACCAUCGGUUUGAUCAGACUGUUAUGGCGUAUACUUCGCGCAAAAUGCAUCCAGACCACAAGGACGAGUGGCGGAACUUGGUUCAAAGCCUUCGCCCGUGGAACUAA